UACGCAACCAAUCCAAUUCAAAGGAAAGGCAGAUGGUCUGACAGGACUCACUACUGCCUGGGCCACCACCACCACCGUCCACCGCUAACCACACACCACAUAACCCAACUCCAACUUCUCCUCCUCUUACAGUCUUCUGUUGUUCUCUCUCUCAGGACAGAAACCAAACCACAAAUGUCAUCUGCUUCCACCGAGGCUUCCACCACCAACCCCGUCAAUGGUGGAAGAGAAACCUACUGGUGUCACGAAUGUGACAUGAGUGUUACUCUUGUUCCUUCCCCCAACCUCCUCUGCCCUCACUGCCACCAUGAUUUCCUUGAGCUCAUGGACCGUCCUUCACCCACCGCAGAGUACAGUGAUCUCAUCGAAUUCCACCGUCUAAUUCACCAGUUCUCUGAACCCACCACUUCCACCAACUCGAAUGCUGCUUCCAGGAUCUCUGUGGAAUCGCUCCCUACUAUUACUAUCACGCCUUCCCUCAUCGGCGAGGUAGACGACGGCCUUAUGUUCUGUGCCAUCUGUAAAGACCAAUUCGUUAUAGACUCCGUUGGAAAGGAGCUUCCUUGCAAGCAUAUCUACCAUCCUGAUUGCAUACUCCCUUGGCUCUCGUCUCACAACUCAUGUCCUCUCUGCCGAUUCAAGUUCCCCGUCGAGCAACGUCAACCUGAGAUUGAUGAUUUGUUUAGAGAUUCGGACCCUGACUACAUGCGUUUUCUAGGAUCUCUGGGUGGAUUUGAGUGGGAGAUGUUGGCCAGGAGGGACGGGUUGGCCAACCCCAACUGGGUUUGCCCUGAUUUGUUGCGAUUCGUGGGGCGUUCUACAACCGUCGAUGGAAGGAUUGGUCGGAAUUGGACGGACCAUGAGGAUGCGGCGUAAUGCUGCCGCCGAUGCAGUGUUUUGUCCAGCUCCCUUCCUACUGCAUUGAUGUAUCCCAACAAUUUGACUAGGUAAGGCAUGGCAAAAUGCUUCUCAAGGACUUUUUGAGAUAUAAUUUGUCUAAUGAAGUGUAAAUUCACAGCAGAUGAUGAUGGUGUUACCAAUCUGAUAACCUAUUGUUUUGUGUGUCAUUAUUCAUCAUGAUCUCUCUACACUGUAUCCGAAUAAUCUGUAAACUAUAUAUAUAUAUCAGCUGGAUUUUGGUUGAAUCACCAGAGGAUUAUUAAGCUUCC